CAUCCUCAUCCUCAUCCUCAAUAAAUAAAGUUCUUAAUGUGAGGGUGCUAGCAGUGAGUGCGGUGGAGAGAAAUCCCCCACAACUGAUUGCAAACUGGCUGGCAUUCAGAUCUGCCUCCAUUUUGUUAGCAACACCCAACUUCCAACAAUCCAGUCAAUUCCUGAAGGAUGAAAUCACUCCCACCCCAUUUCAGAUGCCGUUUCACUCGGAUAGACAUCACAGUAGAGAAGAAAAGACAGUAGCAACGUUUUAUGCCGACUUUAAUCUUCAUUAUUUCUAAAUACACCUCAGGUGAUUCUCAGAAUGCUUGCUGCAGAUUUUCUUGUAUUCGGCUCCAUUCUAUCAGCUGCUUGGUGUCAGGCAGGCAUGAAAGCAUUGUACCCCAAAACCCUAAACGCCACCAGCGGCUCCUGCCUUGUGAUUCCCUGCCAAUUCAACAUUUCAAAGGAGGUUGAAGUAUUUCUUGACCGUUCACCAGUAGCAACAUGGAUACGAGGAUCUCUGUGGUCACUCUAUGAUACAGAUAAUUUUACCAACGCUCACCAUCAGCUGGAACCUCAGAUGAAGAUGGUGGGGGACCUACGAAAGAAAAACUGCACUUCUGUCAUGAUGAAUCUCACCAGCCCGCAUUCAGAUCGCUACUACUUCAGGCUUCAAUCUGAGGACUUUGAUGUGAGGGCAUCAAUAUCUGUGCAGAUAAGUGUGUCAGAUUCCUUGGCAGAGCCGCGUGUGAUUAUGCCGGUACUCAGGGAGGGUGAGGUGGGGAAUCUGACUUGCACUGUUCCAGCCCCUUGCCCCAGUGCCACUCCAAAUGUAACAUGGGAUCCUGCAUUAGGUGGUAACAUAACACAAUGGACACAGCUGAAUGCUGACGGGACACAGAGUGUUCAGAGCAUUUUGAACUUCAUCCCAUCAUUCCGUCAUCAUGACCUGAAAGUGAACUGUGUUUCCACCCAUCUGCGAGAUAGAGAGGACAAACCCCUGCUGAGCCACAAGACCAUCAUCCUCAAUGUGGAGUAUCCUCCUAAGGAUACACAGAUCUCUCUUACAGGCUCAGUCUGGCUUGGUAAUAAUUUAACCCUCACCUGUCAAAGUAAUGCCAACCCUCCAGCGGCCCACAGGUGGUUCAUGAAGAAGGAAGGUAUAGUGGAAGAAGUGGGUUCCUCACGUGUGCUUUCCUUUACUGUGGCUCAUGAGAAAAGUGGGGAAUACAUUUGUGAGGCACAGAACACACAUGGUGCAGUGAACUCCACAAUCCUACAGAUCAAUGCCCCAGGUGCAAAAAACCAAACAGAAGUGAAACAAAGUAAGAUGAGGACGUUUAUGCCAAUGUGUCUUCAAGUACAGAGAAAAGCCAUCAGCUUCAGUCAAAGGCAUGUGGAGAUAAGGCCAUCUACACCAUUAACCCUGAACGCACAUUCAAAAAGAAUCUCUCCAAUGAGGACAUCUAUGCAAACUGUUGAAGUGAGAAGUGGAACAUUUUAAACAACCUUUCAUGGAUCACCACUGAACAAUUAGUCUACUUUCUGUAUGCCAGUAGUGAUCAUUUUAAUGUAAACUUCACAUCUAUAUAUUUGCUACUUCUUUUCUCCUUUUAAAUAAAAACUCUCCAAAAAUUCAA